CAUCGCUCAUCAGUCAAAAAGGAGAAAAUAGAAAGGAAAAACUUCGUCGUCUUGACCCCGGAGUGUGUGUCUGGUGUAUUAUUUUUUUAUAUUUCGUAUGUUCGCGACAUUAUUUGCUACAAAAUUACCGUAAUUAUCGUUAUAUAGCUAGCGUUUAUCGUUUGAACCUCUGUGUCUUGCUAAAAACUUACAUCGCCGUUAAACCGAUCACAAAGAAGUUGUGUGUGCUAAAAGGGCGAUCCUGAGCAAAAGAAGAAAAAAAACUUUCGAGACUUGGGCUGUGCUGUCUGGCCUGCAGGUGUGAGCGAGACAAAAUCAUCCAUCCAUUCGUCCGACUGACUGGAUCGGUGGUGCAGGCUCGUGCUGCUAAAAUAGCAACGACAGCUCAGGUGUAGAACCUGUCGCGAAGGAAAUAAUGGCGAAAACCUACGAUUACCUGUUCAAGCUGCUGCUGAUCGGCGAUUCCGGUGUGGGCAAAACCUGCAUCUUGUUUCGCUUCUCCGAGGAUGCGUUCAACACGACCUUCAUCAGUACGAUCGGAAUUGACUUCAAAAUCAGAACCAUUGAAUUAGACGGCAAAAAAAUUAAAUUACAAAUCUGGGACACGGCCGGCCAGGAACGUUUCCGCACGAUCACGACCGCGUACUACCGCGGUGCGAUGGGCAUUAUGCUCGUGUACGACAUCACACAGGAGAAAUCAUUCGAGAACAUCAAGAACUGGAUAAGGAACAUCGAAGAGAAUGCAUCGGCCGACGUGGAGAAGAUGCUGCUAGGAAACAAGUGCGAACUGAACGAGAAGCGACAGGUAACCCGAGAUCGAGGAGAACAGUUAGCAGUAGAGUAUGGUAUCAAAUUCAUGGAAACCUCUGCGAAGGCUAGUGUCAAUGUGGACGAAGCCUUUUUCACACUUGCCCGGGAUAUUAAGUGUAAAACGGAGAAGCGAAUGGAGGCAAACAAUCCACCUAAGGGAGGUCAUCAACUGAAAGCAUCCGAGCAACCGCGGAAGGCGCCGAGUUGGUUAUCGAAGUGCAAUCUGUUUUGACCUUGUAGUAGUCCUAUUACCUAUUGUAACUUUUUUAUAUAACAUACUAAAUAAUUACGAUAACUAUAAUAAUAAUAUACUUGUGUAGGACACGGCUAGGCAGAAGAGAGGCAGGAGGGAAAUUGACAUAAAACAUUGUGACCAGCAGAUAGAAAAACAACAGAACACAAAAUGCAGUGCAUGACACAGAAACAAGCUACACACUACUCAAAAAUACUGUUUUUUGUUUUGAUUUCGUAAGUGCAUGCUCGGGUGUGGAAAGGGGCUAACAACCAAAACUGGACCCCCGGUACGACAGAUGAACACAGAACGGGAGCGAGGUAAGGUUUUUAAUUUAUUUACAAUUACAUUUAGUGCGCGUAACACGGGCGCUCGUCGGCGCUGAAGGUCGUUAAACAUACUUAUGAUGUAACAAAUGAUAAGAGUGAUAAGACGAAUAGACACAACACCCACUGGGGUCUAAAACGAAAACAACAAUAGAAAAUAAACCAAUCCAUUCUCAGCAACAAUAAUGUAUAACGUAAACACCCCACGCCAAUACAAUACGGUCGUUCAUUUGAAGGCUGGAAUGAGUGUUUUUUGCUUAAUAAAGUGUAAAGUUGGCAUUCUCAUCACAAGGA